UUAAUAGGGGUGAUGGCCGUGGGUGGCUGAGUCACAACUCUCACUCCCUGCGGGUCCCCAUGGCCGGAUCACAGCCUGGGAUGUGCCACCGGGAAUGCCAGGGUGCUGGGGCCUCAGCCCAGUGCAGCCUGCAGGGAUGCACUUAGGGAUGAACACUUGGGAUGCUCAAUCCCUAUGGGAUGCUUGAGCCCGGAGAUGCUGAGAUGAACCCGCUGUGUCCCCUCUGCAUCCUGGUGCCAUCCUGGAGCAUCCCAUCAGUGCCCUGGAGCCCAGGUUCACAUCACACUGAGCUUGAUCCAUUGCCCACAAUGGGGAGGGAGCAGAGGAGGACGUGGGUGCGUCCGGGCAGUGCCGGUGCCUCCGUCAAUCCGGCUACAACAGGAAGCCCUAUUCCAGAGGCACAGAGAGGGGGAAACACGGGUCUGAAACCUCCCAUAGGGUCUGAAACCUCCCGGGGGGGGGGGGGUGCUGAGGCCGGUCUGCAGUUCCUCUGCCUGCAGGAGCCAGGGCCCCACACCUCUGCCCUGCCCCAUGGAGCUGACCCAGCUGGAGGAGGCCAUAGAGAAGCUGGUGACCACGUUCCUCAGCUGCGCAGGGCAGGAGGGCUCCAUGACCCCCGACCAGUUCAGGGCCCUGGUGCAGCUCCAGCUGCCCAGCCUGGUGCAGGACAUCCCUUCCCUGGAGGAGAAGAUGCAGGAGCUGGAUGUGAACAAGGACCAUGAGCUGGAGUUCAGCGAGUACUGGAAGCUCAUGGGGGAGGUGGCCAAGGCCAUAAGGAGGGAGGACACUGGGAAGCAGUGAUGGAGCUGGUGGGAAUCUCCUCCAUAGCCGAGCUAAUAAAGGAGCAUCCCCUGA